AUGCCCGAAGGUGCUCAGGCCUUGCUCUGUGGCCUGGCCAGACAAUUACUAUUUUUCACCAUCUUUGGAAACUUUGAUCGGUCACAAGGAGUAGGAGCCCAGCUGACCGACCGCCACCACUGCCAUUCUUUGCCCAGAAAUGCAGCUCCCUAUAAAUUAUUAGUCAUCACUGUAGCAACAAAAGAAAGUGAUGGAUUCCAUCGAUUUAUGCAGUCCACCAAAUACUUCAAUUAUACUGUGAAGGUCCUUGGCCAAGGAGAAGAGUGGAGAGGUGGUGAUGGAAUCAAUAGUAUUGGAGGGGGCCAAAAAGUGAGAUUGAUGAAGGAAGUCAUGGAGCAGUAUGCCAGUGAAGAAGAUCUGGUUGUAUUGUUUACUGAAUGCUUUGAUGUCAUAUUUGCUGGUGGUCCAGAAGAAGUUCUAAAAAAAUUCCAGAAGAUGAACCACAAAGUGGUCUUUGCAGCUGAUGGAAUUCUAUGGCCAGAUAAAAGACUGGCAGACAAGUACCCUGUUGUGCACAUUGGGAAACGCUACUUGAAUUCAGGAGGAUUCAUGGGCUAUGCUCCAUACAUCAACCGGAUAGUUCAGCAGUGGAAUCUCCAGGAUAAUGACGAUGAUCAGCUAUUUUAUACUAAAAUUUAUAUUGAUCCACUGAAGAGAGUAAACGAAGUUGUUUUGAAAUUUGAAAAUGGCAAAGCCAGAGCUAAGAAUACUUUUUAUGAAACAUUACCAGUGGCAAUUAAUGGAAAUGGACCCACCAAGAUUGUGCUGAAUUAUUUUGGAAACUACAUACCUAAUGCAUGGACUCAGGACAGUGGCUGCAUUCUGUGUAAUUCGGAUGUCAUUGACUUGUCUGGAGUAGAUCACCAUCCAAAUGUAACAAUAGGCAUUUUUAUUGAACAACCCACUCCUUUUCUGUCUCGAUUUCUGGACAUAUUGUUGACAUUGGAUUACCCCAAAGAAGCUCUUAAACUCUUUAUUCAUAACAAAGAAGUUUAUCAUGAAAAGGACAUCAAGGAAUUUUUUGAUAAAGCUAAACAUGAAAUCAACACUAUAAAAAUUGUAGGACCAGAAGAAAAUCUAAGUCAAGCUGAAGCCAGAAACAUGGGAAUGGAUUUUUGCCGUCAGGAUGAAAAGUGCAGUUAUUACUUCAGUGUGGACGCAGAUGUUGUUUUGACAAACACACGGACUUUAAAAAUACUGAUGGAACAGAACAGGAAAAUCAUUGCCCCUCUGGUAACUCGUCACGGAAAGCUGUGGUCCAACUUCUGGGGAGCCUUGAGCCCUGAUGGAUACUAUGCUCGAGCUGAAGAUUAUGUAGAUAUUGUUCAAGGGAACAGAGUAGGUGUUUGGAAUGUCCCAUAUAUGGCCAAUGUAUACUUAAUUAAAGGAGAGACACUCCGAUCUGAAAUGAAUGAAAGGAACUAUUUUGUUCGAGAUAAAUUGGAUCCUGAUAUGGCUCUUUGCCGAAAUGCUAGAGAAAUGACUUUGCAAAGGGAAAAAGACUCCCCUACUCCGGAAACAUUCCAAAUGCUCAGCCCCCCAAAGGGUGUGUUUAUGUACAUUUCUAAUAGACAUGAAUUUGGAAGGCUUUUAUCAACUGCUAAUUACAAUACUUCUCAUUACAACAAUGACUUCUGGCAGAUCUUUGAAAAUCCUGUGGACUGGAAGGAAAAAUAUAUAAGCCGUGAUUAUUCCAAGAUUUUCACUGAAAAUUUAGUCGAACAGCCGUGUCCGGAUGUCUUUUGGUUCCCUAUCUUUUCUGAAAAAGCCUGUGAUGAAUUGGUGGAAGAAAUGGAGCACUACGGCCAGUGGUCUGGGGGGAAACAUCAUGACAGCCGUAUAUCUGGUGGUUAUGAAAAUGUCCCAACGGAUGAUAUCCACAUGAAGCAAAUUGAUCUGGAGAAUGUUUGGCUGCAUUUUAUCCGGGAGUUUAUUGCACCUGUUACACUGAAGGUCUUUGCAGGCUAUUAUACAAAGGGGUUUGCACUGUUGAACUUUGUAGUAAAAUACUCACCUGAUAGACAGCGUUCUCUUCGCCCUCAUCACGAUGCUUCCACAUUUACCAUCAAUAUUGCACUCAAUAGUGUGGGAGAAGAUUUUCAGGGUGGUGGAUGUAAGUUUCUGAGGUACAAUUGCUCCAUUGAGUCACCACGCAAAGGUUGGAGCUUCAUGCAUCCUGGGAGACUUACACAUCUGCACGAAGGACUUCCAGUUAAAAAUGGAACGAGAUACAUUGCAGUGUCAUUUAUAGAUCCCUGAAUCACUCACUUUUUCAAUGGGUGCCUGGCAUAAGCAUGCCUUUGAAGCUGUGCUUGAGAAGAUGAGAGGAAUAUUUCAAAAACUUCAAUCGAACAACUUCACUUUGGGCCAAAUGUUUAAAAAACUUUUUACAAAAUAAUUGUUUGAUGUUUCUUAAUAUCUGCUCUGAGCCUUAAAACGCAGAUUGAAGAAGGAAGGAAAUGAAAGUAUUUAUUUCUCUGCCUUAUUGUUUUUGAGAAUAAUGACAAAUUUUUUACAUUUGUGUUUCAGUUGAUAAAUUAUUUAGGUAUAAAUAUGCAAGUGAUAAAUGAGACUAGUACUGAUUUUUGUUUGAGGAAAGCCUGGAGAGAAUUUUAUUUAUCAGUAUGUAGCAGACAUGCAGACAAAAUGGGCAUGAACGGAAGUCAGUAGGAACCCAUGGGAAUCAGGUGCUAAGCAAACUCCUAGGCGAUUCAAUACGUUUUCCUGCUGGUAUCUUUUCAGCAAUUGCUAAGGGAGCACAGAGGCCAAGAUCACAAAAUGUUUUCUCAACAUGAAACAGUGCAAAGCACAUUUGAGGACCCUACCUAGUUGGAAACAUUUAAAAUAUUUGUAUUAUUUGUGCUAUGUUCCUUCACGUGAAUAUUUCAUUGUGACUUUUUCUCAUUGGAAAAUUUGCAAGCAUUGGCCAUGUUUUACAUUCUUUGUUUAAGAUCAGCAAGUUACCCCUAACUCUGUUUUUUUUUCCUUCUUUAAUACUAGAAAAAAGGUUUAUUUUAUUGAAAAUAGUAAUGUCUUUUACUAUUUUUUCUGACUUUUUAAGUACUUGAAUUUCAUAUCAGGAAAAUAAAGUUAUUGAGUCUAUUCCCUUUUAUUUUUUGUCUCUCAUUAUCUUUUUAAAAAAAUGAAUGGGUAGACUAUUCACUUUUUCUCUUUACUUCAUUGCCUCUACUUUAUCACGCUGACUUUAUUACCUUUCUUUAUCUCCUUUUUAAAAAGAUUCCCAAUCGUAAAAGCAUUUGUUGACUUGAUUUUUUAAUAAUUUCUCUGAAUGAGGUUUAGAUAUUCUGAUUAUAGCUACUGUUUUAAUUUAAAUGUUAAACUUGAAAAAGUUUUAAGUCAUGGUGCCAAAAUUCAUUUUUUUCUAACACCAUGUGUUAGAAUAUUAUGAAAAAUAAAGUAAUUUAAAGAAGCUGUUGUUUUCUUACUAUUGGCGAUUGAUCUUUAGGAAUGUCUGGAUAUAAUGGGCUGAGAUUUUCUUCCCCCAUUUUGCUCAGUUCAUUCAUUAUCGGUAAUGAACUAAACUCUACUUCUUAUACUGUAAAAACUUGUAGUGACUAAGGAUUUGAUUGACCUCAUUUUAUAAUUGAGUAAGUAAAGACCAAGUAAUUGUUCAAUGUGUAUUUGUGUAUACAGUAGUGAUUUUGAGUACCUAUUAUGGACUAGGAAGUGUCCCAUGUAUUGACUACAUAGCAAUGAAUACGAAUUACAGUUAUUUGAGCAAGUUGGAUUAUUUCUACCUCUUUUCUUCAGUGGCAUUUAAUAUCUAAAAUAAAUUCUUAAUAUUGAUCAGAUCUAGUAAACCUUUUUAAAAUUACAUAUUAGUAUGCUGCAGAGAUGGUAUUGAAAAUAUAUAACAACUGGUGUAUGGCAUGCCAACCCAUCAAACUCUGAUAACAGCCAGACUAUAGUCCUUUUCUGUUGUGGUACACAUGGGUGGUUGUGUUAGGUGGAAUUCUCUAGAGAAACAAUACCAGUGACUCUUGUAGGUUUUAUGUAUAUAGAAAGAUUUAUAUCAAGCAAUAGCACUCACAGUGGUAGAAGUGGGAAGUCCAGUCCAGUUCAAGUGGGUCAGAUGUAAGACGGUUGUCUCCUGCUCAUGUUGCAUGGGUUGAUGAACUGGAAGCUGGAAGACCACAGGCUGGUAGAUGUAGAACUGAAUGAAGGCUGUUGAUGGCUUCUGGGGUCAGCAGGAAGUCAAUGAGCCAGAUGCAGGAUCCAGACCCAUCAGUAGAAGUGAAGUUAGUUCUGCACCAGAGAUAGAACAACUUAAUAACUAUGUAUUCCAUUUGGUGACAUCCAAUGCAUUGUUGAAAAAAGUUACUUGUUGAUCCUGCAAAUUCUAGUAUUGCAUCUCAGGCGUCAUUUUAGUCACCAAGCCAAUGCUUUCUAAGUAUUCAUUUUCCUUUGUUUCCAACUUUUAAUUCUGAGUCAGCAGCUAUUAGGAAUAUAUCUUGAUUGCAUGUUUGAGCAAUUUCUUAUUGCAGAAGUUAGUAAAAUCUUCGGUUUCUUCUUUGGCAUGAAUGGCUGGUGUGUGAAUUUGAGUAAUAGUCGUAUUAAUGGUCUUCUUGUAUUGCUAUUAAUAUUGUCCUAUCACUGCAUUGCACUUUAGAUUGUGAAGUGGUCUUUGUAAUGAAGACUGUGCCACUAUUCUUCAAUUAGUCAUUCCUGGCCUGGCAGACUUUGUUUGUCCAAUUUAAAAUAGCCAAUAAAGUCUUUUUCAGCUCA